AUGACCUAUAAGCUAUCAUAUGAUAUCAAAAGCUCAGCUUUAAUUAUUGCAUUGAUCCUUGUUCCUAUCGCUGUUCUCGUCUUUGUUGUUGUCGUCGCUCUUGCGUGUUCCAAUUACUGGAGCAUUCAUUCCCUCAAAGAAUCGUUCCUGUCGUGCUUCAGUAUUUGGAAGCAGCAGAGACGCAAGAAGAUCCCAUCGGACUCAGAGACUUGCCCCAUCACGCCCCGGUCGACUCUAGUUCGUGCGACAGACGCUUCGGAUAUUCGGAUUGAAUUCGAGCGUCCUGUCACCAACAGAGAGCAUAUUUAA